AUGAAGCUCAUCAUGUCACGGAAGAUGAAUAAUCUUCGCCUUCCUAUUCUGUUCUCCUCGAUCUUUGUCCUUGUCUUUAUUUCGUCGUCUUUCUUGUUUGCUACGCCUAGUUUUGCUACUAGAGUUGGUCACUCUCUGGAGCAAGAAGAGGUCCUAAAGAUUCCACAAUAUAAACUGCUUGAAGAACCGGAGAUUCCAGAAGAGCCAGAGUUGCCGGAGCCGGAGGAGCCUGAGAUUCCAGAAGAGCCUGAGGUUCCUGAGGAGCCGGAAGAGCCUGAGGUUCCCGAAGAGCCUGAGGAACCAGAGGAGCCACCAGAGGAGCCAGAAGAGCCAAAAUUUGGAUUUCCGUCCUGGAUUCCGAGCUUUCCUUUUCCCGGUGGUAACGGCGGUUCCCUAAAUACUGAGAAGACAAAACCUACGGAAACGGUUGAAAAGGUUCCUGCCAAAAGCAUUUCUGAGGAAACUUCGAGUGGUUCGAACAAGAAGCCAUAG